AUAUGCACUCGAAAAUGUUAUCAAAAUGGCAUCCGAAGAAAAAAAGAAUUAUUCCAAAAGAAAAAAGUUAGAGCAAGAGUUUUCUUCUGUAAAUGUUUCUUUGAUGCAAGAAAAACGUUCUUUAAUGAAUGCACAGAAACUUUUUGUGGCGUUGUCUAGUUUUAACAACAUUGCAAGUGGGUGUGAAGGAUACAGUGGUGGUGUUUACGAAAUUUUAGAAAACAACGUUAUAAUCUACAUAAGUGGUUUGCCUUACGAUGUCCACAUAAGGGAUGCACUAAAUGCUCACUUCAGUGGAAAUGACAGGCUUGCUAUAGGAAACUAUCUUUCUCGUAUAGACUUUAGACAAUGGAAAACUAUCCAAGUUCGCUUUUUGCAAAGUAAAAACCCACGCGAAGAUGCCAAGCUUCUGAUUCGACAUUUUCAAUUAACAAACCAGGGUAAAAUGCCAAUAUUUAAUUAGUACGUAAAUAAAUUUUUUUAGCUUUUUUACUUUUUCUAAAAGACUUUUUU